AUGGAAUUCCUCAAGAAGGCCCUGAAGUACAUUGGGGCCAAGGAGGCUUUGGCCGAAGACAACCAAGAAAGGGAAAUCAAGUGCAACAACGAACCCUUAGAGAAGAAAAGGAAGAGAAGAGACCACUGCAACAACAACUGCAAUAGGGACAAUAAGAAGCCACCGGCCUCGACCCUGGCUUAUAGUCAGUACACGCCACUCAACUACACCCGGACCCAAAUAUUGAUGCAGGUCAAUGAGGAGAAAUACAUGAAGUGGCCAAGGAAGAUGAAGAGGAACCCCAAGAGGGGAAAUCUGAAAAAAUACUACAAGUACCACAGUGGCACCGACCACGAUACUGAGGGCUGCUACAAAUUAAAGAACGAGAUAGAGUCCCUCAUCCAACGUAAGCACCUUAAUAAGUUCGUCAGAGGGCCUGCCCCCAAGAAUCCAAAGUCUCUAGAGGCUCCCAAAAAGCCAAAGUAUCUGGAGGCCCUCAUCUUCAUAGACGAGGACCUGAAAGGGAUCAUAGUCCCCUACGAUGAUGCCCUUGUAGUCUCAGCCAUCAUUGCCAACUUUGUAGUGAAGAGGAUCUUCGUCGACAGUGGCUCCUCGGCCAACAUCCUCUUCUAUGAAGUGUUAGAGAAGAUGAAGCUAGUGCCCGAGUGCCUCCAGCCUGCUGACAUCCCCCUUGUUGGCUUCUUCGGAAAUGUAGUCAAACCGGAGGGAAGAAUCACCCUACCUAUCACGGUAGGGGCCGAGCCACAUCAAGUGACGUGGAUGAAUGAGUUCUUGGUCGUGAGGAUCGAAUUGCCCUACAACACAAUCAUGGGGAGACUAACCCUCCACGCACUCAAGGUAGUCAUGUCCUCCUACCACCUCGCCCUCAAGCUCCUCAUAGAACACAGCAUCGGAGUCAUUCGAAGGGACCAGCAAGUCGCCCGCCAGUGCUAUGUGGCAGCACUAAAGGGUAAGAACAAGGAAACACUGUCACUAGAGAGCCUUGAUCUCAGGGAGGAACUAGCAAGCCGAGGGCAACUGGCCGAGGACCUUGUCUCGGUUCCCCUGGACGAGGCCAACCCCAAGAAGACAAUCCGCGUCGGGUCCAACCAUCCCCCAUAA